AUAGCAAUACAAGCUGACCCGGUAUUAAUCCGGAUACCCGGUUAUUCACUCUAUUAGUCAUUACUCAUUACAGAAGAGGCCUUGAGGACAAAAAGAAGAAGACGAAGACGAAGAAGAGAGCUUCAAUGAAGCAAUUUUAUAAGUACCAAAAGCGGUUAGGUGUCUCGUCUAGAUCUGUUCGAGAAGGAGAACGAGUUGUUGUUGUUAUCAGAGGAGAAGAUAGGAUAAGCUUUUUACCUGAACCGUUGUUAUGCCACAUACUCAGCUUCCUCACCACCGAGCAAGCGGUUUGGACAAGUGUUCUGUCCUCUAGAUGGAGAUAUCUCUGGAAAUGGGUUCCUAGGUUAGAACUAAACACCCUCGACUUCACAAACGACCAAGUCUGUGUCGAUUUCAUCCACGAGUUUCUUGCUUUCCAAGGCGAGCACUACUUGCGUGAGUUCAAGUUGACCAUUGACUACGAUGGCUUUAAAAGUAAGGUUUAUCUUUACAAGCCGUGUCUCGGUAGAGUGUUGGAUAUGAUGCGGAAGCUUGAACGUUUCCAGUUCCAAGUCGAGAAUAAGUUUGGACCUGGUGCCAUUGAUGACAUUGAUGACGUCAUCCGGACACGGUUAACGCUUUCUGCGUGUGAGGCAUUGGUAUGCUUAAAGCUCCAUCACGUUAGCCUGGACGAGCUCGUGUGUCUUUCCUUGCCCUGUCUCAAGAUCAUGUUCUUGGAAGACGUUGCUGCUGCGGAGGCUCUUAUCUCCUGCUCUCCGGUUCUAGAAGAUUUGAAAAUAUGUCUUAGCAAAGAUGAUUCUGUGGUAGCGUUACGCGUUUGCUCACCGUCGCUAAAGAGCUUCGUUUUAAGACGAGCGGAGCCUUUUUAUGCUCGUGGACGUUCGGUUGUGAUCGAUGCCCCGAAGCUUGAGUAUUUGAGUCUCGUGGAUUACUACCAUUUCAGAAGCUUUAAGAUAAUCAGUAAGGCUGAGUCUUUGAAGGUUGAUAUUGAUGUCGAGUUUGAGCUGAUGAGUGAUUACUUGUCGGAAACGAAGAUCAUCUACAGUCUUGUCAAGAAUUUUUCAGGUGUUAAAGAUAUGACCAUAUCAUGGAAAGCACUAGAGUUUAUAUAUAUUUACCCAAUCCCCAAACUUCAUGACUUGACUCGUUUGCGUGCCGCUAUGUGCUUAAACGCAUCCCCUAAACUAUUGCCAAUCGUUCUUGAGAGCUGCCCCAAUCUGAAACACUUGAAAUUGGAAUUGGUUAUUGAUUCUCCAUAUGCAGUGAGUACUAGACUCUCCACUGUGCGGCUGCCUUUGGUUUCGUCUCUUGAAUCUGUUGAAAUGGAAACCCCGGUCACGGAGAUUGCUACUGAACUGAGUUUGGCUAGAUACUUUAUGAAGAACUCGAAGAAACUCAAGAAGCUCGUGUUACGUUUGAAUAAUGAGUCUACUGGUGAUCAUCAACACAAGCGUGGUGUCUUGGAACGACUAGUGAAAUAUUCAAGGCGGUGUAAAUUGUCUCAGUUCGAAGUUCUUCCUGUGGUUCCAACUCCGAGUCCAUGGCCUGGGUAUGUUUAUGUAAAAUCCAAUAGGUUCUAAAGGCUGGAGUUUCUAUAUUCGUUUUUAUUUAAAUAUUCCGCAAAACUCAUUGUUAAAAAAAAACAGUUUUUGAUUCAUAAAUAAACGCUAAAGCUUUUUCACUUCA